CGGCCGAGGCCGGCCAUGAGGGCGUGCCGGGGCGCGGAGCUGCCAGGCGCGGGGGCGAUGGCGGCCGCCUUGGUACUGCUGCUGCUGAGCGGCGUGGCUCCGGCACGCGGCUCCGAGGACAUCGUGGUGGGCUGCGGGGGCUUCGUCAAGUCGGACGUGGAGAUCAACUAUUCGCUUAUCGAGAUAAAGCUGUACACCAAGCAUGGGACUUUGAAAUACCAGACGGACUGUGCCCCGAACAAUGGCUACUUUAUGAUCCCUUUAUAUGAUAAGGGCGAUUUCAUUCUGAAGAUUGAGCCGCCCCUGGGGUGGAGUUUUGAGCCCACCAGCGUGGAGCUAUAUGUGGACGGCGUCAGUGACAUCUGCACCAAAGGUGGCGACAUCAACUUUGUGUUCACUGGCUUCUCGGUGAAUGGAAAGGUCCUGAGCCAGGGGCAGUCCCUGGGACCCGCCGGCGUCCAGGUAUCUCUGAGAAACAUAGGCACUGAGGCGAAGGUCCAGUCCACGGUCACGCAGCCUGGUGGAAAGUUUGCUUUUUUCAAAGUUCUUCCUGGAGACUAUGAAAUCCUGGCGACUCAUCCAACCUGGCCAUUGAAAGAGGCCAGCACCUCGGUGCAUGUGACCAAUUCCAACGCCAACGCCGCCCGCCCCCUUAUUGUGGCUGGCUAUAAUGUGUCAGGCUCGGUGCGCAGUGAUGGGGAGCCCAUGAAAGGGGUGAAGUUUCUUCUCUUCUCCCCAUCAGUGGCCAAAGAGGACGUCCAGGGCUGUAACACCUCCCCAGUGCCUGGCUUCCAGCCCCAUGACACCAGCCUGGUGUUUCUCUGCUAUGCUGUAUCCAGAGAAGAUGGUGCUUUCUCCUUCUCAUCCCUGCCCAGCGGUGCCUACACUGUGGUCCCCUUCUACCGAGGGGAGAGGAUCACCUUUGACGUGGCCCCUUCUCAACUUGACUUCAUGGUGGAACACGACAGCCUGAAAAUUGAGCCCGUGUUCCAUGUCAUGGGGUUCUCUGUCACUGGGCGUGUCUUGAAUGGACCUGCAGGAGAAGGUGUGGCGGAGGCGGAAGUGACGCUGAAUGACCAGAUCAAAGUCCGAACGAAAGCUGACGGCUCCUUCCGGCUGGAGAACAUCACCACAGGGACCUACACCGUCCGUGCCCACAAGGAACACCUUUUCUUCGACACUGUCACCAUCAAAAUUGCACCCAAUACACCCCAACUGGCUGACAUCAUUGCAACGGGCUUCAGCGUCUGCGGCCACAUAACCAUCAUUCGCUUCCCUGACGCGGCCAAGCAGAUGAGUAAAUACAAAGUCGUCCUGUCGUCUCAAGACCAGGACAAGUCUUUGGUCACUGUGGAGACGGAUGCCCAUGGAUCGUUCUGUUUCAAGGCAAAGCCUGGGUCCUACAAAGUCCAGGUGGUGGUUCCCGAGGCUGACUCCAGGGCGGGGCUGAUGUUGAAGCCACAUACAGUCCCUCUCACUGUGACCGACAGGCCCGUGGUAGAUGUGACCUUCAUGCAGUUCUUGGCAUCUGUCUCUGGGAAAGUUUCUUGUUUGGACACUUGUGGGGACCUGCUGGUGAUGCUGCAGUCCCUGAACCGCCAGGGUGAGAAGCGUAGCCUCCCGCUGUCAGGCAAGGUCAACGCUCUGACCUUCACCUUCGACCGUGUACUCCCCGGCAAAUAUAAGAUCAGCAUUGCGCAUGAGGACUGGUGCUGGAAGAACAAGAGCCUGGAGGUGGAGGUGCUGGAGGAGGACGUGACGGGGGUCGAGUUCCGGCAGACGGGCUACAUGCUGAGAUGCUCCUUGUCCCAUGCCAUCACUCUGGAGUUUUAUCAGGAUGGAAACGGACCCGAGAAUGUGGGGAUUUAUAACCUCUCCAAAGGAGUCAACCGCUUCUGCCUGUCCAAGCCAGGUGUGUACAAGGUGACCCCUCGUUCCUGUCACCGCUUCGAGCAAGCCUUCUACACCUAUGACACGUCUUCACCCAGCAUUUUGACGCUCACAGCUGUCCGCCACCAUGUCCUGGGCACCAUCACCACAGACAAGAUGAUGGAUGUCACCGUGACCAUUAAGUCAUCCAUCGACAGUGAGCCUGCCCUGGUCCUGGGCCCACUGAAGUCGGUGCAGGAACUGCGGAGGGAGCAGCAGCUGGCGGAGAUCGAGAGCCGCCGGCAGGAGCAGGAGAAGAGUGGCAAGGGGGGUGCUGAAGGCAGGACCAAGCCACCUGCGCAGGAGAUGGUGGAUGAGCCGCAAGGGCCUUUCUCCUACGACUUUUCCUACUGGGCCCGGUCUGGAGAGACAAUCACUGUGACGCCCUCUUCCCGGGAGCUGCUCUUUUACCCACCAUCCAUGGACGCUACCAUCAGUGGAGAGAAUUGCCCUGGGAAGCUGAUUGAGAUCCAUGGCAAGGCUGGCCUGUUCCUCGAAGGCCAGAUCCACCCGGAGCUGGAAGGGGUAGAGAUCGUCAUCAGCGAGAAGGGGGCUAGCUCCCCCCUCAUCACCGUCUUCACCGAUGACAAAGGAGCAUACAGCGUGGGGCCCCUGCACAGUGACCUGGAAUACACCGUAUCAUCGCAGAAGGAGGGCUACAUCCUGACUGCCGUGGAGGGCACCGUCGGCCACUUCAAGGCCUAUGCCUUAGCAGGAGUGAGCUUCGAGAUCAAAGCUGAAGAUGACCAGCCCCUCCCUGGGGUCCUCCUGUCCCUCAGUGGUGGAGUGUUUCGUUCUAACCUCCUGACACAGGACAAUGGCAUUCUGACCUUCUCCAACCUGAGCCCCGGCCAGUAUUACUUCAAACCCAUGAUGAAGGAGUUUCGCUUUGAGCCGUCCUCGCAAAUGAUUGAGGUGCAGGAAGGGCAGAACCUGAGGAUCACCAUCACUGGCUAUCGGACGGCCUACAGCUGUUACGGCACCGUGUCGUCCCUGAAUGGGGAGCCCGAGCAGGGUGUGGCUGUGGAGGCGGUGGGCCAGAGUGACUGCAGCAUCUACGGGGAGGACACGGUUACAGAUGAGGAGGGCCGGUUCCGGCUACGGGGCCUGCUGCCAGGAUGUGUCUACCACGUGCAGCUCAAGGCUGAAGGCAAUGAACACAUCGAACGGGCCCUGCCCCACCACCGGGUCAUCUCGGUUGGAAACAAUGACAUAGACGACGUCAACAUCAUCGUUUUCCGGCAGAUCAAUCAGUUCGACCUGAGUGGGAAUGUGAUCACCUCCUCCGAGUAUCUCCCCACCCUGUGGGUAAAGCUGUUUAAGAGUGAGAACCUUGACACACCCAUCCAGACCGUGUCUCUGGGCCCAUCUCUCUUCUUCCACUUCCCACCGCUGCUCCGGGAUGGCCAGAACUACGUGGUGGUACUGGGCUCCACACUGCCCAGAUCCCAGUAUGACUAUGCCCUGCCCCAGGCCUCCUUCGCAGCUGUGGGCUAUCAGAAGCACAUCACCCUGGUGUUUAGUCCCACGCGAAGACUCCCUGAGCAGGACAUCGCCCAGGGCUCCUACAUCGCCCUGCCUCUCACGCUGCUUAUCCUGCUGGCCGGUUACAACCACGAGAAGCUCAUUCCUUUCCUGCUGCAGCUCACAAGCCGCCUGCAGGGAGUGCGGGCUUUGGGGCAGACAGCUGCUGACGGUGGGGGUCCAGAGGAUGCCAAGAGACAAGCCAAGAAACAGAAGACCAGACGGACGUGAGGGGCAAAGGUGGCGGGUGUCUCCCCCAGGACAGGCCACCACCUGGGGUCACCACUCUCCAUGGGCCCUGGUCAUGGCUUGAGUGAUACUUGUACUGAUCUGCUCAGCUCUGUCACCCUGGCCUGGCCUGGCCCCUCUGUUGACCCACUUGCGGGGGCCCUUCCGUCUCACUCCGGCCCCUCCUGUCACUCUGCUGAGCACAGUUUAUUUUCCGAGUUGAAGAUAAUUUAUUUUAUUAUAUUUUGUGGAGUUUUUAUUUGGGGUCAGAGAAGUAUUUAAGCUGUGCCAGUAGACUUGAGAGUGUAAAUGUGAACCUUUGGCAUUUGUCUGUGCAAAGAGAUCCAGGGAAUGGAGUCUCAUUCCCCAGUGUCAGACUUGCCCGCCCAUCACUGGACUUUGCAUCUGAGUCCCCUAGCAGGACUGUACACACCUAUCUCCUGGGGGUUAGGGGAGGAGGAAGUAAAAGGCAAUAAAUAAAGCCCGUUUGUGUACUGGG